AUGACACGAGUUUAUUCACUGAAAUUUUAUUUUAGUAUCGAAAAUAAUAGAAAUGAUACUCUUGAUUAUUCGUUCAAUAUUAAUAUACAAUCUCAAGAAACAUCUAAUAUUGUUUGUUGUAGUGUUAACACAGUUACGUAUCAUGUCUUUACGCUUCCUUUCGAGUUCAUCAAGCUCGUAUCUAUUGGUAAUAUAUUUCCAAAUAUUGUAUUCAAUAAUGUUAUCGAAUUAUGGAUACACGAUAUUGUUCCAUUUCAAUAUGAAUUCUUUCUACGAAUUACUCAAUCUUUUCCAUUACUCCAACGUUUAUUUGUUACUGAUUUAACAUCAUUAUCAUAUCAGAGAAAGAAAUCACCUAAUAAUAUUCAAGCAGAUCAAAUCGUUAAAUAUCCUCAUCUCAUUUUACUUGAUAUUAAAGGACUAAAUAAUGAUUGUAUUGAGCAAUUUCUCAAUGAAACUAAAACAUAUUUACCAUGUUUAACUAUAUUACGUGUCUCCUAUGAACAGUUACAAAUAACUACAGAAGAUUUUACACGAGAAGUAACACGAAAGAAUUGUGCCAAUGUGAGAAGAUUAAUCACAGGAAGGGAAAUUGUUGGUUCAAAAGAUUAUCAUAAUUAUUUUCCUUUGUUGUAA